AUGACAGCAAAAGAAGAUAAUGAAUUUAAUAAAGAAGUAAAGGAGUUGGAAUCCUUCUUCAGCCUUCCACGCUUCAAAAAUACAGUCAGGCCGUACGCGGCAGCGCAGGUGGUCAGCAAGCGCGGCACAAUCACCCACCACUACCCUUCUGAUCUUCUCGCAAAGAAGCUGUGGACAAUCCUCGAGCAGAAAGCUAAGAGGGGCGAUACGAGCCACACGUACGGUGCACUCGAUCCAGUCCAAGUCACUCAAAUGGCGAAAUACCUCGAAACAGUUUAUGUUAGUGGCUGGCAGUCCUCGUCCACUGCUUCCUCGACCAAUGAGCCCGGUCCCGAUCUCGCCGAUUACCCGUACGACACCGUUCCUCGCAAGGUUGAGCACCUCUUCCAAGCGCAGCUCUUCCACGACAGGAAACAGAGACACCAGCGCAGCUUAACCUCAGCCAGCGAGCGCGGUCCGGCUGUUGACUAUCUACGCCCUAUAGUUGCAGACGCAGACACUGGCCACGGUGGUCUUUCAGCGACUAUGAAAUUGGCAAAGCUUUUUGUUGAGAAGGGUGCAGCUGGUAUUCACAUCGAAGACCAGGCUCCUGGAACCAAGAAAUGUGGCCACAUGGCAGGUAAAGUUUUGGUGUCAAUCCAGGAACAGAUAAAUCGUCUUAUCGCCAUCAGAUUCCAGUUUGACAUUAUGGGCGUAACAAACCUCAUCGUCUCGCGCACAGACUCUGAAGCUGCGACUUUGAUUACCACCAAUGUAGAUGAUCGUGAUCACGCAUUUAUCCUUGGUGCCACCAAUCCAAGUAUCGGCUCCCUCGUAGAUGUCAUGCGUCAGGCCGAGCUGGCAGGUGCCAUUGGUCCUGCUCUCGAGAAAGUCGAGAGUGAUUGGGCUGCUCAAGCUGGAUUAAAGAAGUACAGCGAGGCGCUUGCUGACGCACUUCGCCAGAACAACAUUAACGAGAGAGUCAUUAAAAAUUUCUUGAACGAAGCACAUUUCGCAAGUCGUCAUAAAACCACUCAGCUCGCUCAAAAGGCAGGUCUUCCAACUACGGUUAGCGUCUUCUGGGAUUGGGAUGCUCCGCGUACACGUGAAGGCUACUACCGCUACCAGGGCGGCACACAGUGUGCGGUGAACAGAGCCAUAGCGUUUGCACCUUACUGCGAUUUAAUAUGGAUGGAGACGAAAGACCCUAAGCUCGCACGGGCAAAAGAGUUCGCAUCUGGCGUUAAAGCCGCUUAUCCAGAUCAAUGGCUGGCUUAUAACCUCUCUCCAUCGUUCAAUUGGGAUGCCGCUGGUCUGAGCCCACGUGAAAUGCAGGCCUUUGUUUGGGAGUUGGGUAAAUUAGGUUACGUUUGGCAGUUUAUCACUCUCGGCGGUCUUCAUUCAAAUGCUUACAUUUCAGACAACUUUGCAAAGCACUUUGCUACAGAGGGUAUGAAAGCCUAUGUAGAACAGAUCCAAAGAAAGGAGCGUGAAAUAGGGUGUGACGUUCUUACUCACCAGAAGUGGUCAGGUGCUGAAUAUAUCGACGACCUUCUCUCGACUAUUCAGGGUGGUGUUUCAUCAACUGCUAGUAUGGGCAAGGGUAACACUGAAGCACAAUUCGCAUUACCAGCUAAAUUGUAG